AUGGAUCACUUCCGGCAGCAGCAGCCAAGGGCCAGCGUUGCAAGGGCUGACUCUCGGCUGGCGGUCGCCGCAGCCAUAGUCAGCGGGUGGCAUGGCCCCGCGGCCGCGCCGAGUGCUGCAGCCAGGUUAUGGAUACUGGCCCUUUCAACGGCGCUUCUGGCCUCGCCUGCAUGGGGCCAGAACUGCUUCGGUGGAAUCGAGAGCUUCGAGAAGACCACGGGCCUCGCGUUCUCCGGCUCGGUGAGCGGGCAGACGCUGCUCCAGCAGCCGGACCAGGCGCUCACGCGGGACUGCAUCAACCUGUGCAAGCAGCAGGCGCAGUGCCUCUCCUUCUCGCUCAACUACGUCGGCUUCCGCUGCUCCUCCUUCAACCUCAACUCGGCUGGCCGCCGAGAUCUGCUCGUGCCUACGCCAAGCACGAACUACUUCGAGAAGAUAUGCUUCAGAGGAGUGCAGAAGAGUUCCUUCGACGCGCUCUGCGGCGACCGGCUGUGGGCCUUCGAGCGGGUCAAGGAGGGCCACCUGGAGGGCUUCGUGGACCGCGAGGAGCACAACGUCAAGGACAAGGAGGAGUGCGCCAAGAUGUGCCUGCUCGAGGAGGCGUUCCCGUGCCGCUCGGCCGACUACGACGAGGUGGCCAAGACGUGCCGCAUGAGCCGCGAGGACCGGCGCUCGCAGCCGCAGGCCUUCCGACAGGUGCCCGGUAGCACCAGGGACUACCUCGAGAACCAGUGCUCCGCCACCGCUCCGACGUCGUGCCGCUACGAGACCCGGGUCGGCGUGGGCGUGGUGUCCAUGGACCUUCUACAGUUCGCCACGGCGGUGGACGACUGCCAGACGCAGUGCGACCGCGAGACCACCUUCAACUGCCGCGCCUACUCGUACAUGGAGAACCGGUGCUACCUGAGCGGCGACGACACCAUCAGCCUGGGCCCCAGCGGGCUGCCGCCCAUGACCAACGCGGCCUACGGAGAAAAGAAGUGCAUCACCGAGCAAUGCACGCUGGGCGUGUUUACCUACGAGAAGAUGACUGGCUUCGUGAUGCGUUCGGCAGCGCGCACCGCCAUUCCGCUGUCGAGCCCCGGCGCUCUGGGAAACACCCUCGAGUGCCGACAAUUCUGCCAGAUGGCUGGCCUCGACUGCCCGGCGUUUAGCGUCAACUACCAGAAUAUGCGCUGCGACAAGUUGGAUCGAAACUCGCAGGGGAGGACGCAGGAGCUGAGUCCCCGGGCUGGAGAGAACUACUUCGAGAAGAUAUGCCUUAGAGGCAACUUCGCCACGGCCUGUCAGGGCAAGGCGUGGGCCUUCGAGCGGGUGCUCGGCUUGGAGCUGGUGCCCACGUUGUACGACAAGUCGUUCGCGCACGUCCAGAGCCGACGCGACUGCGAGGAAUACUGCCUCAACGAGCAGACGUUCGACUGCCGCUCGGCCGUGUACUUCGACGACACGGCCGAGUGCCGCCUCAGCCGGCACGACAGGAGGACGCAGCCGGACGGUGUGAUCAAGAGCUCAAACCCGAGAAUCAACUACCUGGAGAACCAGUGCCUGGAAGUGUCACCGACCUGCCCCUAUGAGAAGACAGCGGACGCUUACCCAGUGUACACGGACGUGGUACAAAUGACAGGCAUCAUAUCCGAGCAGUCGUGCGAGUCGUUUUGCACCACUUACCCAAACUUCAACUGCCGUUCGUUCGCCUAUUACCCGAGCAACGGGCAGUGCUUCAUAAGCGGCGACGAUCGCAUAAGCGCAGGUCCGGCUAGCACAAACUCCCGGCCCGGCAUUCUGUUCUACGAGCGUUCGUGCAAGGACGGCGCUGGCGUGACCGACAGCGGCUCGGGCACCACGGCGGCCGGAGGCGGCACCUCGUCGACGGGCGGUGGGCCCACUAGUUCGUCGCCCACCUUCCCGACGGCGCAGCCGCCGCACACGCCCACGCUGUUCCCGCCCACAGUCCGGCACUGCAGCGCCGGCGAGAAGCUGACGUUCGCCCGGGUGUCGGGCCACGAGUCGGCCUCCAGGCCGGGCCCCAUACUGCUGACGGCCCCGGCGGACGGCAUGACCAAGGAAUGCAUACUGCGGUGCGAGCAGCGAGACGACUGUCGCUCCUUCAGCAUCGACUACCGUCGCCACGAGUGCUACAUCGCCGGAUACUACUCUGGUUCACUGCCGGCUCACCUGAGGCCCAGCCCCGGAAAGACGUACUUCGAAGGAAUCUGCGUGCCCGCCUCGGUGGCCUGCCAGCGGCUGUGGACGUUCGAGCGCAUGGUGGACCAGGAACUCCGCGGCGUGAGUCCACGCGAGGUGACGCGGUUCAUCACGCUGCACGACUGCGAGCGGCGCUGCUUCGAAGAGCGCCGCUUCCCGUGCAAGUCGGCCAGCUACGACGUGAACCUGCAGGAGUGCCGGCUCUAUGCCGACGAUCGCAACUCGCGCUUCGCCCGGCUCAUCUACGGCCGGGGCGUCUACUACCUCGAGAACCAGUGCACCGUCAACACGAGUCCGUGCCCCUACGCUCCGAUCCAGCGGGACGUGUACAUGACGCACAUCACUCGCGUGGUGCACGGCGUCAGCUCGACCUUCCACUGCGAGAUGGAGUGCAACCGCGAGCCGGACUUCAACUGCCGCUCGUACACGUACGUGGAGCACGGGACCCUGGGCCCACCGCAGUGCCUGCUGUCGGCAGACAGCCGCCCCGGAGUGUCGCCCAUCGUGCUGGAGUACCGCAGCCGAGCCCUGUACGCCGAGAAGGACUGCCACCUGGACGACGACAGUCGAAACAACGGAGUCGUCCAACCGCCACAUCCGGGAUCUUCGCCGCCCUCGCAGCAGCCUUCGCCGGGCGGUUCCCCACCGACGCCGUACCCACCGAGGCCUCCGACGGACUACAGCCCGUACCCGCCGCCCCGUUUCUGCACCUACGAGCAGUACACGUACGAGAAGACCAUCGGCCACGACAUGAGGUACGCGCCAAGGGAACGCAUCCCUACGCGCUCGGCGGUGGGCGUGGUGCGGGACGCGUACACCGAGUGCCAGCGGCUGGGGGACCGGUGCCGCGCCUUCACCAUCGAGUACGGCAACUUCCAGUCAGCGUCGUGGCUCUCGACUGCCGCGGAGGACAACCGGCAGCUGCUGGUCGCUAACCCCGUCAUGGCCUACUUCGAGAAGGUCUGCCUCCAAGAACGCACGUGCGGCAAGAUGUGGUCCUUCGAGCGAACCGUGGGCCACACGCUGGGCGGCGACGCGGACCGCGAGGUUCCAGGCGUGCUGCGGCGCGCCCAGUGCGAGGACCUCUGUCUGCGCGAGCGGGCGUUCGUGUGCCGCUCGGCCACCUACCAGCAGUCGCGGCUGCUGUGCCGGCUGUACGCCGAGAACAGGCGCACCCGGCCGGCGCUGUUCGUCCGCACGGCCGAGGACGUCGACUACUUGGAGAACCUGUGCGCCCCGGAGCCCUCGACGUGCCAGUACCGCGAGCACGUGGAUCGGUUUCUGCCCAUCAUCGACCGGCUGGGCCACGCGUUCAGCCUGGCCGAGUGUCAGCGCCAGUGUGACCUGGAGCGCCUGUUCAGCUGCCGUGCCGUCAACUUCGAGACGGUGCACCGGGACUGCGCGCUCAGCAGCGAGGACGCCCAGACCACACCCCUGGGUACGGCCGCGCUCGUGCACCGCCGAUACUCUGUCUACAGCGAGAAGGGCACGUGUGAACAAGUGAGCGUGCAAUGCAACCAGCAGGACAUGCUACUGGCGAUGAACUUCGACACGCCCUUCCACGGCCGCGUCUACGCAAAGGGCAACCCUUCUCAAUGCUUCGUGGUGGGAAACGGGCAAAACACGCUCCAGUUCGCUGUCUCACUCGGCACCCGCUGCGGGACGCUGCAGGAGGGAAAUGGCCACUAUGCCAACGAAGUUGUCGUCCAGCAGCACCCGAUCAUAAUGACAGACACCGACCGCAACAUACGCGUGGUGUGCUCUUUCGAAGCUGGUGACAGGACAGUCACGCUUGGUUCCACUUUCGCACGAAACGGCGCUUACAGCGGUGGCCUCGACGUUACGACUCGCCACCAGCCCACCAUCACGUCCGUCGUGACCAACACCGCCCCGCCGCCGAACGUGGUCAUGCGAAUCCUGGACCCCAGCGGGCGUGACGCAGGAGUGGUCGGCCUCGGGGACGAGCUCACGCUUAGGAUUGAAAUCCAAGAACCUGGCAGCGCAUUUGCCAUUUUUGCAAGAAACCUCUACGCCAGGAGCUCCAAUGGCGAAUCUCUUUUUCUCAUCGACAGCCUAGGGUGUCCUGUGGAUCCGAGCAUAUUUCCGCCUCUUCGACCAGACUACGGCAACCAGGGCGCGCUCUUCGCCAAUUUCAAGGCGUUUCGAUUCCCGUCGUCCGGUCUGGUCAACUUCGAGGUGCAAAUAAGGUUCUGCCAAGAGAGGUGUGAUCCCGUGCGCUGCCAAGGAGGUGGCGAGUCGUUUGGCCGCAGAAGACGCGACGUAUCGUUCCCGCCGAUUGCGAGGUUCGCGUUCAGGAACAGGACCAGACCAAUCUUCCUCGCAUCGCACAAACCCACGAUCGUCAUAAGGCCGUAUGCCGUGCGAACCACGACGACGACCACUACAGACGAGCCGCCUACGACUACGACGACUGAUGCUCCCGCGACCACGGUUGAACCUGCAACGACCACAAUAGAUACCACGGAAAAGACGUUGACAGCCGAAAGCGACACCGAAAGCAUUACGGAGACCACUGCGAGUCAGGAGCAGACGACAGAUGGCGUUCCAUCGACACCUGUUCCAGCUGAAAACUUUACAGACGACGUCACGGAAGAGAGCGUGGAACAAACGCCUCAUAACUCAACGGUCACUGAAGAAGCUACAGAAGAAACAGUGGCAGCAACCUUAACUGCGUUUCCCGAUACAAACGAAACGGCUCGUUUCGAUUCAGAAGCAGCAGAAGAAGGCUAUGACGAUGCAGAGGACAGCGAACCGCAUUUGAUGUUCCGGAAGCAGGAAAUGUACCUGCCCGAAGAAGGCAACGGGAGUAUCCCGGAACCACAACAAGCUUCGAAGGACGCCGAAAGGAUUGAGCAAGUGUCCUCGGCCGUCGUGUUUCGUAAUCCUGAUCCCAACCAUCCACAACUACAGCAUGGUGAUCGAGGUCCUUCUCAGCAGGCGACGGCCGUACCUUUCGAUCUAACUUCUCAACCAUACGGCGGCUACGGAUUGGGAUACGGCCGCCACUACGGCUCGCCGCCGCCGUACGGCGGUCACGGCCCCUACGGUCAUGGCGGCUACUACGACCCCAAUGCGCGACAUACGUUUACGGACAACCGCCGAGGAACACCGCCACAUUCGAGCCAAGCCUUCUCGCACGUCUGGAGAGACACGCCGUACGGCCCACCGCCAGGACCAGUGGCCGUCGAGCCAGCGGCCGAGCAGCAUCGUUACGAUAAUCGUCGAUUAGAACACCGUAAUCACCACAACUCGGCCGGAAACGAGCGGAAGGAACCUUCAGGAAACCGGGGACUCCAUUAUUACGAAGCGGCGGGACAUCAUCGCGAGUUCGACCGAACCGCGGACCGCGUAAACGAGUCGUUAAGGCAAACGAGCCGAGAUCAGCCUUCCGGCGGCCACGGGCAAGAGACGGGGCUCGAAUCGGACUCCUCUCGGCCCACCGCCGGCUUUCGGGAAAGCGUUAACGGCGGUGGCAGCUCGUUUUCGAGCGAGCCCGAAAGAAGUGACGACUACUACGACAAAGGACGUCGUCCCGCGGACACCGCCCGGCGGGAGGAGCCACAAUCGUUGCCUGCGGAAGCGAGAAGCGACACCUUGAAUUUCUCCUCCGGAAACGAAACGAAAGCGACGUUAGACCUCGCGGGAGGUGAGGACAACGCGCUAUUCCAGCAGCAGCAGCAGCAGCAACAGCAGAUGACGACGAAUUCCAGCGGCCAGUUCGUGGUGCGAGAGAUGGAGGGAGGGUACGCGCCGUCUUCGGCCUUUCGCGAGAUUGUCGCCACGACCGAGAAGCCGUACCCGGAGGAAGUUCCGCUCUCGCUCGCCAUUAUGGUGGGCGAAGACAGCAGUGGAGCGAAGCCCAACAACGGCUGGGCCAGGAACGCCGCCAACUCCGGCGGCGGUGGCGUCUACCAACCCCCACGAAGUCGAAAACGAGAGCCUCCUCUGCCGCCUCCUAGGCCAGUCGAGGAAGAGCCAGCCUGCGACCCCCAGAACACCAUCAUCAUCACCGCGCUGGUCGUGUCAGCCAUCCACGUGGGGCUCAUGCUGGGGGGCUUCUUCUGCUUCCGCUGGCAGCGGCGCUCCAUGAAGCGCAAGCAGCUCAUCUCCUCGGUCAUGGGCGACUUCCGGUUGCCGUCGGCCGCAGGCGUCACUUCCGCUGCCGCGCUGCCAUCGCUUCCGGUUCCCGUGGUGACGACGUCGGCGACGGGUCGCGGCCACUACCACCACGCGUCCCCUUCGCGCGCGCCCGGUGGUCCCAUGGUUUACGGCAAGGCGGACACGUCUUUCCGCCAGAUGUACAGUGAUUUCGAGACGCCGCCGUGAAGCGCACGGACACGUCGUGUCGACUCGGGGUUGUGAAUCGUCUUUAGACGCCGCAAAAAAAACACAACAAAUGCAGGAACAUGGGUGCGUGCACUCUGGUGCAGAGGUGACCUAAAAGAAAUCAGUGAUUCCAGGUCUCCCGGACCUAAACUGAAAUUGCGUUGUAUUGGACGGAAGAAACAUGAAUGAGGCGCGAACGCUGAACGGCAAGGUCCUAGCAGAUGCCCAGAAGCGUGAAUCACUGGGCCUGUAGAUACACCCUGUUGCAAAAAGUGGAAGGCAAAAGAAAAACUCUUCCAAGUUCAACUCAUCGACAAAGAGAUGAUGGUGCGAUGAAAGAGAUUGAAGGGCAAGCACUACACUAUACGACAGUUGUUCACUGGUUCGAAACAAUUAGUCCAAUGCUUGGGAAGUCCAGCUCACUGAUGCAAUGUGCAUGAGACCGAUUACCAUGGCUUAUAAUGAACAAUUCCAAUGCAGUUCCGUAAGUUCGCUUGUCUAACUGGCCUAAUGGGCACAUAGUGUGCGGCAAGGCGGACAUGUGUUCCGCCAAAUGUACAGUGACUUCAAGGCUCCGCCUUGGAGAGCGUAAACAUCGCGUCGACUGGGGUUGUGAGUCGUCGUUUGAUGACGCAAGCAGAGAACAAAAAUCACGAACACGCGCAGUCUGGUGGAGAUAUUCGAGACUCGUUUGAGACUCCACCACUUCAAACGCAUUGGACG